CGGCUGCGAAGGGCGGAGGCGGAGGCGGAGGCGGAGGCGGAGGCGGAGGCGGAGGCGGAGGCGGAGGCGGCGCUGGAAUCGCGUCAGCCGCGGACGGGCUGUGAACGGCGUCUCAUUCUCACAGCGGGCGGUGUGAGGUAGACGCGAGGGCGGUGGAUGUGUCUUGGCUCGACAUCCGCGUCGGCGUCAUCACCGCGGCCGAGGCGCGAGAGAUGCAGCCGAGAGGCAGCCGAGAGGCAGCCGAGAGGCAGCCGAGAUGAGAGGUCUUUGGGUGGGUGUACGAGGGGUGUACGAGGGGUGUACGAGGGCGGUGGUGUACGAGGGCGGUGGUGUAUGAGGGCGGUGGUGCGAGGGCGGUACGGCGCGGCGUCACGGCGCGUGCGGUGAGACCAGGCGCACCCGGAAAGCGACAAGCUCUACAUUGAGACCAUCGACCUCGGCGAGCCGGCCGGGCCGCGCCAGAUCCUUUCGGGCGCGCGGGAGAUGCAGCGGAGAUGCAGCGGAGUUGCAGCCGAGAUGCAGCCGAGAUGCAGCGGAGUUGCAGCCGAGAUGCAGCCGAGAUGCAGCGGAGUUGCAGCCGAGAGACAGCCGAGAUGCAGCGGAGAGACAGCCGAGAUGCAGCCGAGAUGCAGCGGAGAGACAGCCGAGCUGCAGCGCAGAUGCAGCGCAGGUGCAGCCGAGGUGCAGCGUCGCUUCACGGCUCGUGGCGUGCACCAGGCUUGGCGCAGCACUUGCCCAUCGACGCGGUGCGCGGCGCGCGCGUGGUUGUGCUUUGCAACUUGGGCAGCAAGAAGCUUGGCGGCGUCGAGUCGCAGGGGAUGGUGCUCUGCGCCAAGGGAGAGGGCGGCCUCUGUUUCGUCACCCCGCCCGACGGGUCGGCGCCGGGGGCCAGGGUGAGCUUCGAGGGGUUCGCGGGCGAGCCGGAGCAAAACCCGAAGAAGCUCGCCAAGAAGAAGGCGUGGGAGACAUGCAUGCCCGACCUCGCCACCGACGCCGAGGGCGUGGCGUGCUACAAGGGCGUCGCGUUCGCCACAGCCGAAGGCAAGUGUACCGCCGCCGUCAGGGGCGCGCCGAUCAGCUGAGAGGAGCUUCGGAGCGGCGCGGGCUGAUGCAAGACCGGGCCAGCGCGGUAAGGUCAGGUAAGGUCAGGUAAACAUCUCCACACAGGUGGACCAGCGCGGCUGCGCCCUCGCCCUCCAGUUCCACCCUACGGUGCGCCCACGCCGUGGCAGAGCGCAUGCAAACCUAAUAAAGUAACGCGAAACGGGAGACGCACAGCGAGGUCACCAAGCGAGGCGCGUGGCGUGUGCGUCACGUUUUUGCAGGUACCACGUGGGUUUUACCUCUCU